AUGCCAGAAAUAUCUAUAAUAGCGAGCAAUUGCAUUAUUCAUGGAUGGGGACUGCUGAGUGCCCUUGUCAUCGCGGCUCUGAUCGUCCUUUCUAUUCAGGAGCCAAAUGCCCGCCCGGUCACGUGGUGGCUCUUCCUCGUCUGGUGUUUUCUUUGCCUAUCAACCUGGAUCACUGGCUCACUUGUUCCGGCAAAGACCUUUGCUUUUCGAAUCGUUCCCAUCACUCCGCCAAAAUGCUUGUGCGGCCUCCUCUCAAAACCGGGAAAAUUCAUCAUGAUGCGAUUCCACAACUGCCUCGCCGUUGCCUCCAUCAUCAUCGCCGUCACUGCCGGAAUCAAAUCGUCUUACGAGCAAAGCGAUUUCGCCAAAUUCUCGUUAGACGAGUCGGUCCCUUUAAACUCGACAGAAACAAACCUGGAUCGAGGUUCAACCGAAAGUCAGACAGACAUUGUGAGGAUACUGUAUUUGAUGGCGUUCGUGGUGUCGUUACUCUUGGUGCUGCUUAGGCUCAGUCUCACCUGCUGUUUGUACAUAAUGUCUGAUGAAAGGGAUACUCGUUUCUCAGGACUUUUGCCAGGGCAUGUUUCAAGAUCACAGGUCGCGAAAUUCCAUCUCGACCGCCACAAAAUGAUCUACGCCGAGAAGCGUCGUCAAUCAAUGCCAGCUGUUCCACGACUGAGCGAUAUUCCAGAAGCAUCAGAAAGCCAAGUGUCAAGUCGAAACCAGUCCAAAUUGUCCAGUUCCGUCACUGACUUUCCUGCCGUUGGCUCAUGA